UAUAAAUGGGUUAUAUACCAGCACUGACAUGACCACAACAAGAUCACAUUUCAUAACAUAAAGAGUAUAGAGCAGCAAACGUAAAAGUGGAUCCAAGAAGGCUACAUGGCAAGCUUCCACUAUCUUCACAAGCAUCAGAGGAGAAAGAGGACACAGUAGAAGAGUUUGAUGCUUAUAAUAAUUAUGCAUCUUGGUCUUCAGAAACUGACAUGUCUGAAAUGGUUUCUGCUCUUGCUCAAGUUAUGGGAACUACCAAUCGGAACCCAUACAUGCCACAAUCAACCUCCUUUCCUUUCUCAACUUCCGUGGUCAAAGAUCAACCUCAACCAUACCCAUCUCAACCUCCUCCAGAUCAAGAGGUGACAAAGAAGCCACACUACAGAGGAGUGAGGCAGAGACCAUGGGGGAAAUGGGCAGCAGAAAUCCGUGACCCAAAAAAAGCAGCCAGAGUGUGGCUAGGAACCUUUGAAACAGCAGAGGAUGCAGCACUUGCAUAUGACAAAGCAGCACUCAAGUUCAAAGGCACAAAAGCUAAGCUCAAUUUCCCUGAAAGAGUUCAUCAAGAUGUUCCCUUUAUGCAACAACACCAACAACGUUCAUCAAACAGAAACGUUUUUCCCAUCCAUGCAACUUCCACCACUAGUAGUGCUACUGGGUCUGUUUCUUCUGUUGAUGCUGUUGCUCCUCCUUCGUUGUCCACUCAUGAUCAACAUGGCCACCAAGUUUUCCCAAAUCUGUAUCAAUAUGCACAGAUUCUUUCAAGUGAUGAUGCACAGUUACCUUAUUUCACAUCCCAUCUUUUCAAUCAACAACAACAACAGCAACAGCAACAACCUUUCAAUUCUCAAUUCUCUAGCACUUUUUCUUCAACCUCAUCCUACUUCUACAACCAGCAACAACAAUAUGAUCAACAAGGACAUGAUCACUCAAACCACUAGCAUGAUACUAUUAAUCUCUGUGAUUUCCAACCGUAACAUUAAAGUUUUUCAAGUCUUAAUUAAUUUGUAAUCACAGUGUUGUAACUGCAAUAUUGACAACAUGCAUGGGCAUUAAUUAGUCGUCCACAAUUUUCCUUUUCUCAAAAGAGUAAGAUUUUUGAGGUAUGUAACGGUGGCGGCAAUUUAGGGGCAAAGCAAUUUUAAAGCUUGAAUAGCUAGUUAGUAUAUGCAUCUGUCAAUUUGUUGUAGAAUAUUGAGUCAGGGAUCAAUGUAUGUUUCUUUAAGCGUGCACAAGACAUGGAUCCUACAUUUAAUUUCCAAUUUAAUUAUGGAUAUGGAUAAACUUUUUGUUGGAAA